AUGGAGGAUGAGGACAUCGCGGCCUCUACAGUUUUCACGCCACCGUCGGUACAGGAUAACCAUGAAUCUCUCCUCUCCGGGAGAUCCUAUGCGCACUACAGCGACGUGCCCGAGGCAAUCACCAUCAGAACAGCCUCUUCGUCUGCAUCUGGGACGCCGUGCGUCCUAGGGGUCGACGAGGCUGGACGCGGCCCUGUCAUCGGCCCUAUGGUUUAUGGAGUAUUCUAUCUUCCAGUUGAAAUCCAACAGUCUCUGCUCACUGAAUCAUAUCAUUUCGACGACUCCAAAGUGCUCACACCAGCGGUGCGAGCAAGUCUCAUGAAAGCAGUUUGCACUGCCGGUACGGAUCUCUUCAAGCUGUCAGGUUGGGCCGUCAAAUCACUCAGCGCCCGUGAUAUCGGCGCCGGUAUGAUGAAGAAUGGCGGCUCGUACAAUCUUAAUGCCCAGGCCAUGGAUGCCACGGUCGAGUUAAUCCGAGGAGUUCUACAGCAGGGCGUCAACGUGACAGAGAUCUACGUCGAUACCAUUGGCAAACCCGCGGUCUAUCAGAAAAAGCUCGAGCUGAUCUUCCCGACCAUCAAGAUCACCGUCGAAAAGAAGGCCGACAGUCUCUUCCCUUGCGUGAGCGCGGCAAGUGUCGUAGCCAAGGUUACUCGGGAUGUCAGUUGCGAGGCCCUUCUAGAGGCAUAUACUCAACAGCAGCCAAUUUCGGUCGAGGAUGCAUUGGCAACGUGGGGCUCUGGGUAUCCCUCUGAUGCAAGGUGUGUUGGCUGGCUCAAGUCUGCUAUUGACCCUGUUUGGGGUUUUGGAAACGAAUGCCGAUUCAGCUGGGGAACCGUCAAAGAUAUUCUCGAACAAAGAGGUGGCCCAGCAACCAAGACCGAGUGGCCCGACCAAGGCGAAGACGAGAACGUGAAACUCUCGCUUUACUUUAGUGCCAAUGGGACGUCAGAGUCUAAGACUGAGACAGACGAAUUGCGGACAUGGUUUGGAACGAGUGUUGGUCAGGAAGCAUUUUGA